AUUUUAUGCUGUCUUGUAGGGUUCAGGCUACUUUUCUACAGGGAAGAUAUGAGGGGGUGCUCACUUGAAAAUCAGCCUGAAGAACUGUUUAUCUCCACUAAUGAUUCCCAUCAGCGGGAGGAGGGGGAGGAGGAGGUGAAGAGCAGUGACCUGGGCGUUGCAAAUACUACUACUCUUGCAUCACUAACCACAGUGAAUGCAUUUCCUAGUCGGGAAGUUCUGAGAAGCAACCACAAAAACAGCAGCCACUGCCUGAUGCAUCUCCCAGAGCAGCAUCAGGAGCAGCUUGCACCAUGACAAACAGCUGCAAUCACCUCCUCCUCUGGAUGCUACUGGGUGUGUGGUGGCUGAGUCUGGAGCAGUGUGUGGUGAGAGCAGGUCGGAUCAGGGAGCAUUACAUAGCAGCACAGAUCACCAGCUGGAGCUACAGACCAGAACCUAAGGAAGAGACCAGAUUAGCAAGUACACAGCCCAUCUUUAAGAAAAUCACCUACAAAGCCUAUGAUGCUGACUUCAAGAAAGAAAAAACAAUGGAUCAAUUCUUGGGACUUAUGGGACCAACUCUACGUGCUGAAGUGGGAGACACUUUAGUGGUUCACUUUAAGAACAUGGCUGACAAGCCACUCACCAUUCACCCACAGGGCAUAGCUUUCAACAAACAGUCAGAAGGUGCCCUGUACAAUGACAGAACAUCGUUUGUUGAAAAGCUGGAUGAUGCUGUGCUUCCAGGCCAGGUCUAUAAGUACGUGUGGGAGAUCACUCCAGAAACAGGACCAAAAGAUGCUGACCUCCCCUGUCUCACCUACAUCUACUACUCGCAUGAAAACUUGACCAUGGACUUUAACUCUGGUUUGAUUGGAGCACUGCUUAUAUGUAAAGAAGGAAGCCUCAGGGAAGAUGGGUCGCAGCAGCUGUUUGACAGAGAAUAUGUGUUAAUGUUUGCUGUGUUUGAUGAAAGCAAAAGCUGGCAAAAAUCAGCAUCUGUUGAGUACACGAUUAAUGGUUACACUAAUGGGACCUUGCCAGACUUAACUGCCUGCACUUACGACAACAUUAGUUGGCAUUUGAUAGGAAUGAGCUCCAAACCAGAGAUUUUCUCUGUCCAUUUCAAUGGGCAAACCAUGGAGCAAUAUCAUCACAGGGUCUCAACCAUCAGCCUGGUGGCAGGUGCAGCAACCACCGCAAACAUGACUGUGAGCCAGAAAGGAAGAUGGCUGAUAUCUUCUCUUGUCCAAAAUCAUCUGCAAGCUGGAAUGCACGGUUACAUCAACAUAGAAAAAUGUGAGGGGAAAGAGGUGCUCAAGAAGAGGUUAUCCUUUGAAGAACGGCGUAUGAUAAAAGACUGGCAAUACUUUAUUGCUGCAGAGGAGAUCACCUGGGAUUAUGCUCCUAACAUUCCACCAGACAUCGAUAGACAAUAUAAAGCAAAGUACUUGGACAACUACGCAAAUCUCAUUGGCAAAAAGUACAAGAAGGCUGUUUUCAAGCAGUAUGCAGAUGCCAACUUCAUCAAGCGUCUAGAGAAUCCCAGGCCCAAGGAAACUGGAAUUCUGGGCCCUGUUAUCAGAGCCCAGGUCAAAGACAGAGUCCAGAUCGUGUUUAAAAAUAUGGCUAGUCGCCCUUACAGCAUUUACUUCCAUGGAGUGACACUUUCAAAGGAUGCAGAAGGAGCUGAUUAUCCACUAGAUCCCACAGACAACAGCACUCAAAGCAAAGCAGUUCAACCAGGAGAAACCUAUACAUAUGCAUGGAGUAUUUUUGACACAGAUCAGCCCACCACAGAAGAUUCGCAGUGCAUAACGAGAUUAUAUCACAGUGCUGUAGAUGUAACAAGGGAUAUUGCCUCUGGACUAAUUGGCCCACUUCUGAUUUGCAAAAGUGAAUCCCUGGACCAGAAGGGUGUGCAGAACAAGGCGGAUGUAGAGCAGCAGGCAGUGUUCGCUGUGUUUGAUGAAAACAAGAGCUGGUACCUGGAGGAUAACAUCAAGACAUAUUGCAGCAAUCCCUCCCAUGUUAAAAGGGACGAUCCCAAAUUCUACGACUCCAAUGUCAUGCUCACAAUAAAUGGCUACACAUCCGACAGUUCUGAAGUCCUUGGAUUUUGCCAGAAUGAUGUUAUUCAAUGGCAUUUUUCCAGCAUUGGCAUCCAAGAUGUAGUAUCUAUCCGUAUUUCUGGUCACUCUUUUUUGUAUCGAUGGAAGUAUGAAGAUGUAUUGAAUCUUUUCCCUAUGAAUGGAGAAUCGGUCGCGGUAGAAAUGGACAAUGUGGGUACUUGGCUCUUAGCCUCCUGGGGCUCCUCUAAAAUGAACUAUGGCAUGAGGCUGAGGUUUAGAGAUGCCAAAUGUGACACAGAGGAGGAUUAUCCUGAAGAUUCCGGAUUUGAGAUGAUAAGUUACACUGAGAAAACAAUGAAAAAUGUACCUGAAGCCGCAUCCAGCAAUAAAGAAGAAAAGAAAAGUGAGGAACCGGACAGCUCUAGUGAUGUGGACUAUCAAGACUAUCUGGCUGAUCAGCUUGGAAUUAGGACACACAAGAACAAUUCAAUGGUCAAUGAAGAGAGAGAGAAUCUUACUGCUCUGGCGAUAGAACAAGAAAGCAGCACCCACUCUGAGCAUCCAGCUGUAGCUGUUGGCUUAGGUCUGACACACAGGAAUAAAAGUGAUACCUGGGGCACUGAUGAGCUCUCGGGCCCUCAAAGCACAGCUUCUCUCCCAGCUGAAGGCAAGCACUUCUAUAAUAAUUACACAUCAUUCCCUGGAGGAGAGCUUUUGCUUUCAAACAACGAAAAAAUGGAAAGUCCUGAUGUGGUAUUUCAAGAUGAGGACGAAUAUGAAAGUGAGUGUGAAACAAGUCCUUGUCAGAUGUCUAGGAAUGAUGACAAAACACUUGCAAAUGACCAUUUGAGGAUGAGUAAGGAAGAUCAAACAGAAGAUGAAACAGAACUAUUUGCUGAAAGAGGGGAUGGGAUAAAUGCAUCUUUUGAAACACACUCUUCCAAAGAACAAGAGAAGGAAAAUGCAGGAACAGAACGUAGGUUCAAUCAAAAGAGAGAGAACCGAGACGUGCUAGAGACUUUGUUUUAUUCCCUCAAAAAGAUGCAUGCCCUCCUACUUUAUUUACGGGAAAAUAAAAAUGCUUCAUCUGUGAACAGCACUAGUUCACCUCAUUCCGCUCAGUAUGCAGAGAAUAUUUUGAGUUUAGCUGCAUUAGAUACUAGCCGGCUUACAAAUGAUAAUGUUGAUGACGCAUUUGUAGAGGAAGAGGAGGAAGCCAAGAAAAUAAAUGUUGAAUUUCUUAGAAAUGCAGUUAAUACAACUCUUGCUUUGGGCAACAGCUCUGAAAAGAAUGGGUCUAACUUGUACAAUCUCUCUGAAUUAGACAUAGCCACAAAAAAACAAGAAACCAAUUCUACUUUAGAACAUCCACUUGACAACUUAAUUCUUACUCCCAGUCCAGCGGUGAUGAAAGACGUUUUGGAAGUGCCAUCACCCAAUGACAUGGAGUAUCCCUCUAAAAUGACAAACAAGAAAUGGAAUCUGGUCUCUGUGAAAGAGAGUUUUGAGUUGGAGGCGAAUUCAGCUGAAGCUGCAAAUAGUAAGUUACAGCCUCAUUUCAGAAAUACCACGGGAGAUGGUGUGUCCCUGAAGAAGCAGGAGAUGUGGAAAUACAAUGGCUAUUUAGAGCCUACAGGGGGUGAACAGAAAGGAAGCAGCAAGCGUACAGCUGUGAGAGAGAGAAAGAGAACUGUGAAUGGUACCUUGAGUGCCUCCAGACCUUCAAUCAAGAUCCACAGGAAGAAAAAGGACAAUUUCAUAUUAACACCAAGAGGUGUGAGGCUCUCAGAGUCCUCCAGGCCAUCUGGAAAGCUCAAUUGCACAUUGUGGCUGAGUGAGGACAACCACACAGCAUUCCUUUGUGGGACCAACAAUACAUUGCUGCUUACUGAAGUCAACCACACAGCUCUGGUGAGUGGGACCAACAGCAUACUAACCCCAAGACAGUUUAAACCAGCUAUUGUGAUUGGUGUUCCCAAGGGCAAUGGGGAGUAUGACUAUUUUCCAGAAGAUGUUUACAGUGAAGUUGGAGAAGAUGACAUAUAUGACUAUCCUACAGUACCAUAUCAAGAUCCAUAUACAACAGACCCCAAACUCAACAUUAAUGAAGCCCGGAACCCUGAAGCCAUUGCUGUACAUUACCUACGUAGCAGAGGUCAUGAGAGGAAAUACUACAUUGCAGCUGAAGAGGUCUGGUGGGAUUAUGCAGGAUUUAAAGACAGCACAACAAUGAAUGGCAAAACCAGCCGUGACAGGGACAGCCCCAGAUACAAAAAAGUUAUUUUCCGAAGCUAUGCAGAUAGCACCUUUAAAAUUCCUCUAGAAGAUGGAGAAUAUGAGGAGCAUCUUGGUAUUCUUGGUCCCGUCAUCAGGGCUGAAGUGCACGAUGUCAUCAUAGUUCAUUUUAAAAACAUGGCAUCCAGAAGAUAUUCCAUCCAUGCUCACGGGCUUUUUUAUGAAAAGUCCUCUGAGGGAAGCAUUUAUGAAGAUGAGUCUCCAGAGUGGUUUAGAAGAGAUGAUGCAGUUGAACCAAAUGGGACCUAUAUCUACGUCUGGUUUGCAAACAAGCGGUCUGGCCCUACACAGCCUGGAGCUACUUGCAAGUCCUGGGUCUACUACUCUGAUGUAAACCUGGAGAAAGAUAUUAAUUCAGGCUUGAUUGGACCAAUAAUAAUCUGUCAAAAAGGAACCCUCAAUACGAAGAGCAACAGGCCAGUGAGGAACCAAGAGUUCUUCCUGCUUUUUAUGGUCUUUGAUGAAGAGAAGAGCUGGUAUUUUGAAGAGCGGUACAGAAAGACCUGCUCUGAGAAGACCCAAGACUGCCAUAAAAUCCCUGCCAUUAAUGGGAUAAUGCACAAUCUGCAAGGGCUGAAGAUAUAUAAAGGGGAACUGGUUCAAUGGCAUUUGCUGAAUAUGGGUGGGCCCAAAGACAUUCAUGUUGUUCGUUUUCAUGGCCAGAACUUCAUGGAACAAGGCGACCCAACACACCAACUUGGUGUCUACCCUCUCCUUCCAGGCUUUUCUCGAACUAUUGAAAUGACACCAGAAAAACCUGGCAUAUGGCUCUUGGACACUGAAGUGGGGGAAUAUCGGCAAGCAGGGAUGCAGGCAUUUUAUCUUGUUGUGGAAAAAGGGUGCAAAUUGCCAAUGGGUCUAGAAAGUGGAAUUAUACCUGAUGCACAAAUCAGUGCUGCUCAUUUCGUAGAGUACUGGGAGCCUAAAUUAGCAAGAUUAAACCAUGCUGGAACAUACAAUGCUUGGAGCACUGAAAUGAAGGAUGGUGACUUUCCAUGGAUUCAGGUGGAUCUGCAGCGGCACGUGAUAAUCACAGGGAUUCAGACGCAGGGAGCCAAGCAGAUGUUGAAGUCCUUGUAUGUCCAAAAGUUUUCCAUCGCAUAUAGCCAAGACAAACGGAAAUGGAUUACCUUCAAAGGAAACAGUACCAUGGCACAGGUUUUCGAAGGCAACUCGAAUGCCUAUGGGAUCAAAGAGAAUGUAAUAGAUCCUCCUAUUAUUACUAGGUAUAUCAGGGUGUAUCCAACAGCCUCCUACAACAGGCCUACCCUUCGUAUGGAACUCCUGGGCUGUGAAAUAGCUGGUUGCUCGAUGCCACUGGGAAUGGAAAAUGGCGAGAUUAAAAAGGCUCAGAUUACAGCCUCUUCCUUUAAGAAAAACUGGUAUAAAUCAUGGGACCCUUCACUCGCUCGCCUCAAUCAGAAAGGGAGUGCGAACUCCUGGCAAGCAAAGUCAAACACCAACCAGCAGUGGCUGCAGAUUGACCUCCUUAAAACUAAGAAGAUAACAGCCAUUGCAACCCAAGGUUCCAAGUCCAUGACUUCAGAACAGUUUGUAAAAACCUACAGCAUCCUUUAUGGCGACCAAGGCUCUGAAUGGAAGUCUUAUAUGACUGAUUCAAGUUCUCUGACAAAGGUGUUCUUGGGGAAUGACAAUGCCAAUGGACACGUCAAGCAUUUUUUAAACCCACCCAUAAUUUCCAGGUUCAUCCGCAUCAUUCCUAAAACCUGGUAUCGGAACAUUGCUCUGCGUGUAGAACUCUUCGGCUGUGAUUUUUCCUAGGGGCUGGAUACACAGGUUACAGGGGACAGUCAAAGCUUGGGAACCCAAAAGCUUUCAGCAGCAUCUGUGAAAAAACACUUCUUUUAAGAACACUUUAAAUAUUAAAUAACAAUAUUUAGUACUUUCAGAAGUGCCUUAUAUACAUAGAUCUUAAUGUCAUUUGCUAGCAUGCAUUAAGAAAGCAAUUUCAUGGGCAAAGGUAUUGUUCAUAUAAAAGUGCAAUUAGUAAAGAAAAGUAACAAAUAAGAAAUCCACUGAGCAAGAAGGUUUCCUGUAGGAAUCUGUGUACCCAAACGGCUGCAUGGCCUCUGUCUGCCACUGUCUUCUCCUUUCCACCCAGCCGCAACUGCCUGUGAUUUUGUUUUUAACCUCACAUAGAUUGUAAAGUCCUGGAGGGCAAAGACCACAUGCUUGAUCAUGAGCCCUUAUUUUACUCUCUUUAUACUGCUCCCACAGUACAAAAAGGGGAACAGGAAACUAACAGAUCUCCCUUCUUGUGCAUUUUCCUUGUAUGGGGGGAGUCCACAAUAGAUAGAGAGCUAAUACCUACAUUUCUACCCUUUUCUCCCUGGCAUUUGGGCAGGGAAGGAAGCAAGAUGCAGCACUCCAGCAUAACCCAUAGGUGGCGAAUGAUCCCUGACAGGGUCAUAGACAGUCAGGGUACAUUAGAAAAGCUAUCAUGCUACUCUGGGCUAUACUGUGGCUGAAGUAGAACUGGUUCCAGGAACAGAGAAACAAGGCCAUAUCUUUAGAUGUGCUUUGCAAAUGCCAAGCACACCUAAGGCACUUUAAUGUGUAACACCAGAGCAUCCUUCAGUGCCCCUGGGGGGGGAGGGGUCAGCAUGCUUUUCAUUUGCAGGUGGGAAAGACAGUCAGAGGAAGAGGCAAAGUCUAAGGUUUUGAACCAGAGUAGUAGAACAAGAAAUAGACUUUGAGCUAUCAGUCCCAUACAGACUGCUAGUCCAUGCUUCCUUUCAGAAAGUAAUUGACCAUUCUUGGCUGUUAAUUAGGAACACAGAAAUGUAGUAGAUGAAACACCUACAUCUUAUCUACAUAUCUAUGUCUAAGUGCUCAAUACUAACUUAGGCUUCAGUGCUGUAAGCUGUUCUGUACCCUCCCCAGGCUUGCUUGGAGCCCAGCUGACCAGGCAGAAAUAUCUUGUAGAACUGUGUUUUUUAAGUGGUAUUGGACUGUGACCCUAUAAAGUAUUGUUUUGAUUUCUUUUGAGAUCACAUGCAUAUGUUUCAAAGGAAGUUUGUGUAAUAAGUGAAAGAAUAUUGUUAAAAAACUGCACUCAGUAUAUAUUUUCACAUUUUAUUUCGAUAUUCCUAUUUUAAUUUCAUAACAUAUUACUAUUUUUCAUUUGAAAAUAAACAUGACUUCCUGGAAUGAAGAUCAAA